ACAUUUCUGUUUUUUCAGCAGAUUCUCAAACCACAAAACUGGUGUGUGCUGAUUGGCCAGUGCUGGGCCUGGCCUUUUGUCUGAGCGCUGUGUUUGUUGUAGCCCCAGUUUCUCUUUUCACCCCGUCUAACGCUAGUGCUAAUAGCCCGCUGGAAUCUGCCAGUCUUGGCAUUAUAGGACCUUGCUGUAUUUUGCAGGUAAACCUGUCUUCAUUCACAUCUUCUUAAAAGGUUCUGCUUAAGGUGCAGGAUGUACAGCUUUAUGGGUGGAGGUUUGUUCUGUGCGGGCGUGGGGAACAUCCUCCUGAUAGUUUCCACAGCAACCGAUUACUGGAUGCAGUAUCGGCAGUCCAGCAACUACAUGCACCAGGGCCUGUGGCGGUACUGCAUGCCGGGGAAAUGCUUCCCCCACAACGACAGCAUCGCCCACUUAGACGCUACCCGUGCCCUCAUGAUCCUCUCUUUGUUGGCCUGUUUCAUUGGCAUCAUCAUUGGCAUCAUGGCCUUCAUCCACUACUCCUCCUUCGACAGGUUUGACAAAACCUUUGCUGCAGGCAUAUUGUUUUUCAUCUCAUGCUUUUUAGUGUUUCUAGCAAUGGCAGUGUACACUGGAGUGACUAUUAACUACUAUGGGAAGCGAUAUGGGAACUGGAGGUUCUCCUGGUCAUAUAUUAUAGGCUGGGUGUCCGUGGUGCUCACCUUUUUUUUCAGGUAUAUUCUAUUUGUGUGCCUACCGGAUGCAUGAAUGCCCCAGGAGCUCCAACUCUCAUUAGAAGACUUCUUAUUCCAUCACCAGAAAUAAGCCUUGCAUCCUGAUCAUUGGAUCUGCAACCAGGAUGUGUGUGGACCCCCACCAUCAACACGGGUGCAGAGCUUACAUCUUUACCAUGAAGGAUCAAAGUUUAACCAGUUCAAUAAAAAGAUUUGGG